UAGCUAAAAUUGAGUUGUUUUGAUGUUAAAGUGUUGUUGUUKAAGRCAGCAGGAGGUCCAAUAGUUCAACCAUUUGAUGACUUGCUUGGAGCUUCAAAACGCGAGAAAAAGCAGUGAAGUUUAUCGCGUCUGAAGCGAAAAACCCGCUGCGUCGAAGAAAAGAAAUCGUCACGCUGCACGGCGAAAGAGUCAUUAACGGUUAACCUGUUUUAAAGAUUAAUUCAUUUAAACUAUCAWCUCGAGGAGGCGUCUUCUUGAUACUAAGCUCUUCGCGCAAGAAUYUACUGGGAMUUUUMAGGAGCUUSAAGACGGAAGAGCGAAUACUUCAGCAGUAAAAUUGAAAGAACUGSUGUUUUGGCAKACUUUGACAAUAGAGACGUCUACUUAAUGGACAGAGUUGAUAAGAUCAGAAUCUAGCUGAUUAAAUCACGAUAAACCAAGCUAUUACUUCGUUGAAGAACAUCUGUGGCAUUUACCACUUGCGUGACAAAAAUACCACGAAAUAUCAUCUGGCCUCGAAAUCCUUUGAAAUAUUUAUUCGAUUUAGUACUUAAAAGAUACCUAAUCAAAUAGAGGAGUCACUUGUCAUACCGUCAGCAAGAUUGGAGAAUGGGUUUUGACAUAGAACGAUUCACAGGCCAAGUCAACGAAGGUCUACUGUGCUGCAUUUGCCGUGAUGUUUUGGAGGAGCCAUUGCUUGCUCCUUGUGAACAUACUUUCUGUUCUUCCUGCAUUCAUACUUGGUUAACGCAUUACCAUUCUUGCCCUGAAGACCGCCAGAACCUCUGGCCAAGCGACUUAAAGCCGAUUUUCAGAUACAUGAAGAAUGAUCUUGAUGCGCUUAAAAUUCGGUGUGAUAACGAGCAAGAAGGAUGCAAGAAUCAAGUCUCUCUUGGUAAUCUAAAGCACCAUUUGAAAGAAGAGUGCGCGUUUACAAAAGUCUCCUGUCCUAACAAAGGUUGUGAAGAGAAUGUAAAUCGCUGCGAGCUGGAAACACAUCUAAUAAUCUGUGAUUUUCAAACAGCUAAAUGCACCAAAGGCUGUGGUCUACAAGUCAAUAUGAACCAAAUAACACAACACAACUGCUUGAGCGAGUUGAAGAAACUCAUGGAAGAUCAGAAGAAAGAGUUCACCACAACAUUGCGUGACUUUAAGACAGAGUUGGAAUCACGAUUAGACUCCCAACGCGUUCACAUGGUGUACAAAGAAUCCACGCUUCAAAAUCAAAUCGACGACCUUAAAGCAAAGGUAGAUGAUUUACUUAGAGAAAACAGUGCUUUCAAAGCGAAGGAAAUUCAAARAGAAGAAGAGAAUCGCAAGAUACAGCUAGAACGACGAGGAAUCCUUGAUUGGCUGAAAGGAUUGAAAUAUGAGGAUGAUUURGCRGAGAAAUAUUGCGGUACUUGYUCCAAAAGGUACAUGUAUGUCCGAAAAGAGCCUCUAACAAGCUUUGCUGAACAGAUAAACUCCACUUCAAGUUCCACAAAUGCGCAAGACGCACUUCUCUCCAGUCUCCGCACAACCAGACCCAAACCGCGUAGCCUGUGUACUAGUCCAGUCAAUGAUUUCGCCCCAGGCCGUCCCAGCAUUCUACGGACCAACAGUGAUGAAUCAUGUCUAAAUCGUACGUCGCUUGAUUACUGGAGACAUCACGUGGAUUCCAACUACUCGACGAAUACCUCGCUGGGUGCUGAAUCAACAACACUGCCUAGAUCGACGUAACUUUGACUAUUUUAUCAAUCAGGGGGGCUCACUCUUUAUAAUGAGCACUUCGAUAAUACGGACAUUAGAAUUWAAAAUAAAUUCGAAUCAUUUAUGCAUUAUACAGCACCUCACAUAACGACCAACUUGUCAUUACGAACUCUAUAUCAACGUCCAUUUCUCUUUUUCCGGACAGAUUAGAUUCAGUAGUAUUCGUGACACUGGGCACUGCGCAUGCCCAUAGCUUUCCCGCCAGUGGGCGCUCGCGUCUUGAAAUCUGUAAACAGAGCGACUGGCGA